UGCGAGUCGCACCAGGUGUCGGACCCACGGAGAGGAUAUUUACCGUAAGCGCACUAGUGAGCCACCGAGUGAACCGUCUGCCGACCGGUGUUUGCCUACUUUCUUCGCACUCAAAGACUGUUAGGAAAGAAAAAAAUAAUUGAAAUCACCAACGAACUCGAACCAAAGUUUUGUCCUGCGAGCUUAACCUCGGAAGAAGAAAGAACCUGACGUGUGGGUGUCGGAGAACCGUUCAACCCUCCUUGAAAGGUAUGCUCACCUUAUGCUCACGGCCUAAUUGACGCCAACCGACAAGAAUAAGCAGUCAGCAGCGCACCAUGUCAGGUCAUGGCAAAUUGGAGCCCUGCCGUUAGCAUGCAGUACCUGGAGAUGCAGCCCUACAUGGUCGAGCCCACCUACGCCUACCUCCAACCAAGGCCGGCGAUGAUGGUGGGCUCGGUCAGCAGGGGCACCUACCAGAAAAGUAAGAAGUCGUGGCUGCGGCUGACCAAGGAGAAGCACCAGAGGAGCCAACACGUCAACGUCGUCCAACAACACCCGCAGAUCCACCCGGCUGCUCUUCUGCACAGGGACUACCUCCAGGAAUAUCGUGAGAAAUUCGGACCCCUGGCGCCGGACCACCUCGACCCAUGGAACUCGCCCCUGCGGCAGUACGUGCACCCGGCCGUGGUCGCGGCCGCCUCGCCGGCCGCACCGGCCAUCACCGAGUACAGCACCAACAUCUGCGCGUGUCCAGGGACCAAGAAAAUGGGCAAGGUGUGCAAGACGUGCGGCCAGCGGGCGGCCAAGGGCACUGUGCGCGGCGGCACCAUCACCAGGGGCGCCACCAAGGUGCGGCCGGCGCUGCCCCUGCCGCCCGCCCCCACCAUCAAACCCAUGCGCCUCCGACCCACGCCGACCACCCCGUCCGACGAGGAGGAAAACACCAACAACCCUGACGUCGACCCCUACGACAUGGUGCGCAGGUCGCGACUCGCCUACAAGGAACAGAAUUCUGGACGAGCCCGUUCGAAAAGUUUUUCACCAACCCGGGCGCGAUUGGCUGAGCGUCUGCGAGUGGCGGAUGAGUGGGUGUCCACGUCGGACACUUCGGACGCAGCGAGCAGUGGCGACGAGCGCGGAGAGCCGGAAGGAGCGCCCGAGCCGCGGCGGUCGAUCCUCGAGUGUGACGUCAGCGCGUACGAGCUGAUCGGCAAGUACCUGAAGCACUCGGAGAGCGACGAGUUGGACGACAACGCCGUGGCCGCCGCCCAGGCCGAGCCGCCGCCGCCGACGGUCCCAGCCGCCCCCGAGCUGCCGCGCACCAACAGUUUGCCGUCGCUCGUCGAGAAACUGCCGACCCCGAAACCGCCGCCGCGCAGGAGGCGUCUCAAGAAGGUCUCCAUCAAGUCCAUCCUGAAGAAGACCUCGGUUUCGUCCGAGGAGGGAUACGGAACUCUAGGGCCCUCGGGACUGCACUUCCCGACGUACCAGGAGUUCAAGCAGCGCAAGAAGCAAGUGCAGUUCAAGUCGGACGAGCUGCGAAAAUGUCAGCAAGAGAAACCGGGCACGGGUGGCAAUGACCUUGGCCCGGGGCGCGCUGCUCAGGUGGGUUUCUCUGGAGCCGCCGUCGAAGUCGCUGCCGCCGCCGCCGCCGCGGCCGCCGAUGAGAGUGAAAGGCCGGCUCAGUCGCAGCAGGACUGUGCUCAAGACAACAAGCAGCACCCACACGAGCAACUCGCUUCGGACACUUCGGACAAGGAGGACGUUCCGAAGGACUCGGACGAGGAGAACAAAUAUGAGGAUUGCAAGCCCGCAGAAGCGGCGCCAGUGGCUCCAGGCCGUGGAGUUCGCAGCAGCUCGAGUCGGCGCCGCGAGGGUGGCUCAAUAGUGCACGUGCGCGGUGACCACCACAACCUCUUCCUAGACACGAUGCGCCUGCGCGUAUCGCACCGGCGCGCCGAUUCGCGCCAAGUCUUCGCUGCGCAGCCGGUCUCGCGCAUGCUCAGUCCGCCGAGGCCGCGAGAGCCGCCUCCGCCGCCCCCGGCCGCCUCCCCCACCAAGGGCGAGGUGGUGGUGGUGGGCAGCCCUGUGGCCGGACGCACCGUCGUCACGGUCAACAACCAGGACCACCUGACCCUGCGGAUCAACGUGGGUGGAGGCUCCGAGGACGCCAACACCACCAUAGUCACCCUCAAUGGGGACGUCAACGACAACUACUCAGGCUCGACGGUGCCCCAUAUUUGCACCAAGAUGGGCGAGGUCACAGUCGGAGACUGUUCCAUAGUGCAAAAGGUGGAGAAUACGCGGCGGAGUCGAGUGUCAACCGAGGCGCCGUACGUUUCAAUCAGGGUGAAUCAGCCUGAGGAAGAACCUUACGUCAGUGUUGUCUGCAGUGAGAGCGGCAAAGAUGAGCCUUCCAUCACCGACGAUGAGGCCUCUAACGGCAGCAGUAAAGUUUACGUCACUGUGGAGGACGAGGACGAAGAGUUUGACGACGAGGAGAUCGAGGACCACUACGAGAUGAUCAGGGACCCAAUUUACGAGGAAAUUUCGGUGCCGCCGCCGGCAGCCAGGUCGAUUUUCGAGGGAGCCUCCAAGUACGACAUUCUGCAGUACUUGGCAGGCGCCAAGGAGAGAGGUCUGCACUGCCCGCCGGUGCUUGACCUGCCCGCCCUCAGAAACUCCAUCUCCGCCCCAAUGGAGCUCGCCAGCCACGUGAGCGACUCGAGUGAAGACUCGCACCCGCCGCUUCGUUCGUCCCCUACUAAGAGCCGGAGAAGCUCUGCGGAGAUUGAGCGGAACGAUUCUGGGGUCGGCUCGGAAACGAGCCAGAGCAGCCGAAGUCGAUGGCUGUUGCAACGAAGAACCAACCCUGACCAGGGUGACCUGCUUUGUGAAGACUGCGAACAAACCGUUGAGCCUCAAGUCACAGACAGUGGCGUUGUUUACGCACCGCUGGUCUGCCGAAAGUGCGGCAAGAGACGGUCGGAGAGGCGUGAAAUUAUAACUGAGCUUUUGGAGACGGAAGUCAAGUAUGGAAGGGAUUUGCAAAUCAUGAUGGAGGAGUUCUACAGACCUAUGCUGGUGGCCGGUUUGCUGACUCAGGAGCAACUCGAUGCAAUUUUCCUUAAUGUUCCGGACUUGCUCGAAAUGAGCAAGCAACUGGCUGAAAGACUGCAAGACGCUGUGGAUAUCGCUCUGGACCAGGGAGAUGAGGAUUUGUUGACCGUUAACGUGGGCAGACAAUUUAUCAGCUGCACGCAAAUGCUGAACGCCUUCGAAAGCUAUUGCAUCAGACAGGGCGGCGCAUCUUUGCUGCUUGCAAGUUUAGAAAAGGAGAAGGAACUUUUGAAGAUUUUCCUACGAGUGUCACAAAUGGAAAACGCCGUCCUGAGGAGGAUGAAUCUGAACUCCUUCUUGAUGGUGCCCGUGCAGAGGGUGACAAAGUACCCCUUGCUGCUGUCAAGACUGUAUAAAACCACCCCUCCUCACCACGAAGCCAGGGAGCUUCUCAAGCAGGCCCAGCAGAAAAUCGAGGCGCACCUCGAACACAUGAACGCGGAGGCAAAGGAAAUAAGCAGUACUAAAUUGUGGCGCCGAAUCUCGAUCAUAAACGUGCCAGGGCGGAGGAGCAACUCUGAGGCCGAUCUGAACAUCAAGCUGAGGAAACUGGCCCUCGACGUGCUCGGCUGGAAUCCUGAAAUCACGCAUUUUGUGAUGGAAGGCCGAUUGCUUUUCACGCAGCCCACGGACAGCAACUGGCGCAAAGGGCGCACAAUCAAGCUCAGUCACUUGAACGUCCUGCUGGUCACCCUUGGAAAGCCCAAUGCAAACUACAAACCGGAAUCUCAGGAAAGCGGAGAACUGACUUUCCCGAAAGCUACGGGAAUCCAAGAGGCGUGUUUGCUGCUGCUGAAAGACAAGGCUGGAAGAUGCACUAUGCUCAGGGAGCCUUUGUCGUUGGACAAGUGCAUAGUGUGCACCGAGGUGCCGGACGUCGACGACUGCUUCGAGGUGCAGGAAAUCGCGACGAGGGACACGUUCAUUUUCAAGUCUGAAAACAAGACCAAAGAAUGGGUGCAGGCGCUGCAGUACCACGCGCAGAGCCUUGGGGGCUGGCGGCGGCGACGCAACGCACUCGCCAACAUCAUGAUGAACGGAAUGGUCCCGAGGAGCUGAUCGCAAAAUCUCUCACCACACGUGCUUUCUCCUAAACACUUCCCGUCGUGAUUUUCAAAAUUUUGAAAAAUAUAUUUAAAAAAAAAAAUGCUACAAAAUUUUUGCUAAAAACCUAUGCUGUGAUGCACAUAUACAAUAAAAAGUUAUAUAUCAGAGAGCAAGAAAUAAUAUAUUACAGAGAGCUUUUGCAAGAAUUUUAAUUCUCUUCAAUUUUUGGCGAUUUUUGCUUUCAUUUUUGGAGCGGAUGAACUACAUUUUUCUUUUAGUUUGAAGAAGCGAUAUGUUUUAUUUUUUUCCAAAGGUUUCCUUUCGGAGAGAGCAGACGAUCAAGUUAACUAGUCUAGGUUAACAAAUAUACAGCCCUGUGUUUGUAAAUAAAGCAUAAAAAUAUUGUAGUACGUCAUUAUUUUCAACCCAAUUCAAGUGUAGCUUAUGAUUAAUUCAAUAAACUAAUUAUUAUAUUAUUAUUGAAGA